GGAGCCCGCGCGCUCCCGCCUGCUGGGGGAGGGCGGACAGGGCGCGGGGGACCAGACAGGCCGCGGCGGGCGCUGUUUCUCUUUCGCUUUCCCGGGCUCGGAGGCGGGCGCGCCGGCGGGCUGAGGAGCGGCGGCGGCCGCUGGGUAUGAAAAAGCAGGACAGCCAAAAGGAGUGAUGCUCAGUGACCUGUACUCAGGCCGGAUGCUCCAGCUUCGGGACACCUACAGGAACACUGCACUAGCUCCUGGGACCAGCUUUUCAUCCCCUUAGUGCUCCUCUGCUUGAACUGCUCAAGCCAGCUGACCACGAAUGGCUACCCAAAGGAAACACUUGGUAAAGGACUUCAACCCUUACAUCACCUGCUCCAUCUGUAAAGGAUACCUGAUCAAGCCCACCACGGUGACAGAAUGCCUCCAUACGUUCUGUAAGACCUGUAUUGUCCAGCACUUUGAAGACAGCAAUGAUUGUCCAAGGUGUGGCAACCAAGUUCAUGAAACAAAUCCAUUAGAAAUGUUAAGGCUGGAUAACACGUUGGAGGAAAUUAUCUUUAAAUUAGUGCCUGGACUACGAGAACAAGAACUUCAGCGUGAGUUGGAAUUUUGGAAGAAAAAUAAACCUCAGGAAAAUGGGCAAGGCCCAGUGUCCAAGUUUCUACUCGGAGACCCAGAUGAUAUUUCAAAGGUUGACAAAUCUAGAGCAGAUGAAGAAGGUGAUGAAAACCAAGAUGAUAAGGACUAUCAUAGAAGUGACCCGCAAAUUGCUAUCUGUCUGGACUGUUUACGAAAUAAUGGACAGUCAGGGGACAACGUAGUGAAGGGUCUCAUGAAGAAAUUUAUUCGCUGUUCUACACGAGUUACUGUAGGAACUAUUAAAAAGUUUCUAAGUUUAAAACUAAAACUUCCAAGUUCUUAUGAGUUGGAUGUGCUGUGCAAUGGUGAAAUUAUGGGAAAGGAUCAUACUAUGGAAUUCAUCUAUAUGACAAGAUGGCGACUAAGAGGAGAAAAUCUUUGCUGUCUGAACUGUUCAGCCUCGCAAGUCUGCUCUCAGGAUGGCACUUUGUACCAGUCGUACCCGAUGGUAUUGCAGUAUCGACCAAGAAUUGAUUUUGGGUAGGCCCAGCCCAGGCUGCACUGAAUGAAUCCUGCACUAUUUGUUUACUCGUCAACAGAUUGCACAGUGAAUGCUGUGUGGACUUGAGAGACACAAUCUGAUUUCAGCAUGCACAUAAGGCCGUUGUCUGUCUCUAAGUUGUCAGUGUCCUUCAUGUUCUGUCUAUUAGGAGCGAUCCAAGUGCCCUUCUGCUACUGACCAUCUGCAUAAGAUACUCGUGCCGUCUCCUCCUCGGUGUGCAAGGUGCGGCUGAAGUGAGUUAGGUAUCCAGCCGUGUCUCUGCUCUCUCAGUGUUCCGCUUGCCUGUUGCAAGAUUGUUCUAAUGUUAAUUACACUAGUAAAAUGGCUCAGUCCUUGUGGUGUUGCAGUUUUCACAUACUUAAUACUUUUAUUCUUAUUAAAAUAGAGUACUGUACAAGAACCUAGUAUAAUUAUAUCUUGAAAUUAUUUUGUAUAAGAAUAUAUUUAGAAAAGUGGUUUCUGAGCCACUGUCCUAUUCUUGGUAAACUUUUAUGUAAAAAAGAAUAAACAACCAAAAAAAAAAAACCAAAAUGCCAGCUUUUUCUUGAGUGUGCAAAUCUUUUGUGAAGAAUUCCAGUUAUUUUUUGACCAGAGCACAUUGCAGUUGGAGAUGUCCUAAACGUCUGGGUAGUCUACCAUUGCACAGGAAAUUGCUUUAGGCCUUCAUGUUGAAACAUAUGUCACUUGGACAACUGAAGUUCAAAAUGUUGGCAGCUGAUCAUAUUGACUUCUAAUAAAAUAAAUGUGUAAGUACAUUAAUGUUUGCUACUGUCUUAGGCAAGUGAGUGCUGUCUAGCCAAUGUUGUGUGUACAUCAUUGUAUCAUUGGCAUUUUAUGAAAGCAUUGCUUUUUCAGUUGGUCUUAGGUAUGUAUUGUGGAAUGUGGAGGGUUAUAGAAGAUGACUUUAAAUACUAGGAUUUUUAGAUAACAUUUACCCUUUUAUGGACUUCCAAACAAUCUCAGAUUGUUAGCUGCAUAUCACAUUUCCAAACCAUAUACACAAAACAAAAUAAACACCAUAUAGUAGAUAAAUAUGCUAACCCAAACUAGUGGUUUGGGGAUACUGUUAUUUUAAAUACUGUAAUAACCAGGGGAUGUGGGGUUAUUGUUUUAACUGAGUUCAUUAAAAGUGAGUGGAUUAGAAGUCAGAACUAUGCUGCUGCCCUUGAUGUUGGCAGUUUGGUUUAGUCUUCAUUCAUUUUGAAAUUAGCCUGCAAGUCAAACUCCCCUAAUACCUUACUACAUGAAAAGCCUUUUAGAUCUUGUAAAAUACAUAGUUGUUUCAAAACAGGAAAAGAAAACUGGACUAUGUCUGCUGGUUGCUUUGAAAUGAGCUGAGUUCUGAGAGAAAGAGGGAAGUUGGACAAAUGGCAAGUUUUAGAACUCUGCUAAGAGCACCGUGGGUGGGGUCCACAGGUCGGCUUUCUCACCCUGAACACGGGUGUUCGUGUUCUUCAGUAAAAUAUUUCACAAGUUAGUGCUUCUGAGUUCCAGAGUACUUCAUAGAAAUGGACAUGGUACGGCUCUGAGAAGUGCACAGAAUGUAGUUCCGUCUUGGUUUAUUUCAUAAUAUAAAAGACUGGAAAUUUAUUAUUAUUUUUCCUUAUAUUUUUUUCAAGUCAAAAAGUUUGUAUUCAAGUUGCUGCAUUAGAAGGCCACAGCAAUUCCUUAACUUCAUCUUGUUGGAUCAGAUGUUUCUGGAAGAACUCACGAGCAGGAUUUAAAAGGAAUUUGAUUUACUCUAAAAUGUAGAGAAAGCCAUAACACUUGACAAAAAAAACUGAAUUUAUUGUCUAACUACAGCAAUUAAUUUUGGUGUCUUACAAAACCUAAUUCCUAGUUAUCCUUAAGAAAAUGUUAAAGGUCUUACAAUUCAUCACAUUCAGAUGAAUGUGUUUUACAUAUGAAGGUCAAUUUUAAUUAUGUCAAAAUCAGUUUUGAAAGCCACUUGCUAAGAGUUGGUUAUUUGGCUCCUCAACCAAAAUUUAAGGCCAUGGGUGAAUUUUAUAUACAAGGUCUCUUUAAAUUUUGCUUGUUGCCUGAUCACAUGUAAUGACGAUUUUCCAAGGAGUAUGUAGGAAACAGCAAUCAGGAUGCAGUUUUAUAACAGUUCCUUUAAUGUUACUGCAUGGACGUUUUCACUGAGAUGCAGUAGACUAGGUGCCAAAGCAUAGCAUUAAGGCCAUCUGGAGUCCUAAGGGAGGGAACCUGAGUAGUGAGUAAUGUGUUGCUAGUGGAAUUGGGCUGCUUCAGCCUCCCUCAUCUGCUAUACUCACCAAGUGUGCAGCACUUUCUUGUCUGGUGUGAUAUGCACUGAACUCCACUCUGUUAUCCUUGUCUGGAACCCACAAACAAGCACUGUAGCCAGCAUUACAUAUUCAGGAUUGCUAACAGCACCCCCCCCCCGAAUAAAUCUACAGUAAUAACUAUCUGAAUCUAUAAACA